UACCGCCCCACGGCUUCCCAUCAUUAUUACACCAUCAAUCGGAGCUCGCUCACUCACUCUGCUCCCCGCUCCAUUCGCUUGUCAGACAACGCUAGCUAGCGCUAGCAGCGAAGAAAAAAAAAAGGCCUAGACGCCGACACGCCAACGGCAGCGGCUUGCCGACACCCAAUGGACGCGCGGCGGCGGCUGUGCCUGGUCGCGGCGGUGCUGCUCGCCGCGGCGGCGGCGGCGGAGGGGUACAACAUCACCAAGAUCCUGGGCGAGCACCCGGAGUACUCGCAGUUCAACAAGCUGCUGACGCAGACGCGGCUGGCGGCGGACAUCAACAAGCGGCGCACCAUCACGGUGCUGGUGGUAGCCAACGGCGAUAUGGGCGCGCUCGCCGCCGGCCGCACGCUGCAGACCAUCCGCCACAUCCUCCAGAUGCACGUCCUCGUCGACUACUACGGCGCCAAGAAGCUCCACCAGCUCGCCCACGGCGUCACCGCCUCCUCCUCCAUGUUCCAGGAGUCCGGCGCUGCCCCCGGCAUGUCAGGUUACGUGAACAUCACGCAGCACCGUGGCGGGCACGUGACGUUCACGGCGGAGGACGCGUCGGACAGCGCGUCCCCGGUGAGCUUUGUGAAGUCCGUAAAGGAGAUCCCCUACGACCUGUCGGUGCUCCAGAUUAGCAAGGUGCUCUCCUCCCCGGAGGCCGAGGCGCCCGUGGCGGCACCGGCGCCCGUCAACAUCACGGAGCUGCUCUCCAAGAAGUACUGCAAGAGCUUCGCGGGCCUUCUGGCCGCCGACGCCGACGCCUUCAGCACUGUCAACGCCACAAAGGACAACGGGCUCACGCUCUUCUGCCCCGUCGACGCCGCCGUGGCCAGCUUCAUGCCCAAGUACAAAAACCUCACGGCGAAGGCCAAGACGGCCAUCCUGCUCUACCACGCCGUGCCGGACUACUACUCGCUCCAGCUCCUGACGUCCAACAGCGGCAAGGUGAGCACGCUCGCCACGUCCAGCGUCGCCAAGAAGGACUACAGCUUCGACGUGUCCAAGGACGGCGAGACGGCCGCGCUCGACACCAAGGUUAUCACGGCGUCCGUCACGGCCACCGUCAAGGACGACGACCCGCUCGCCGUCUACGCCGUGUCCAAGUUCUUGCAGCCCAAGGAGCUGUUCAAGGUCGCCAAGGACCUCGCGCCGGCGCCGGCGCCCGAGGGCCCCAAGAAGAAGAGCAGCAAGAAGAAGCCCUCUGCCGCCUCAUCGCCCUCCGACGACGACGACGACUCAGCCGCGGACUCGCCAGACGACGACUCCGGGUCCGAUGUUGACGCUGCCGACAAGGCCGGCGCCGCACCGCCCAUGCUUGCCAGGUGGGUCACGGCUGCAGCGGCCACCGUCGCGGCGUUGGCCUUGGCAACCUAAAUUAAGGUUUGAAUUCGUGUAUUCUGUGCUGGAUUCUCUCGUUUUUUGUCUGUCGAUUCUGUCCCCUGUUAGUGCAAAAAACAAUAAUGAGGAGGGCCGUUUAUUUAUAUUAAUUUAUUAUUGCUGCAUCCAGAGAAAAAGAAAAGAGGAACUUCGACGGCAUGGUUCUAGCAGUUUGAAUUUUUGUUUAUUUUGUUUUCUUGUAAUCAUAGUGGUCAAUGGGAUUGGACCAUUGAAAUGUGUGUUUAUAUAUAUACUCUGCAUAUAUAUGAAAAAACAUUGUUGAGUUUAGAAUGCCA